ACAGCACACAACAAUAUAAUUAAUUAGCAGCUGCAUGCGUAUUGCUCGUUAAUUAAGUUGAUCAUAUAGAAUUAACCAUGGUGAAGUUCUCGAAGCAAUUUGAAGGGCAGCUUGUCCCUGAGUGGAAGCAUGCCUUUGUGGACUAUAGCUUGCUCAAGAAAGAUCUUAAGAGGAUGCAGCAUGAUUAUUCUCCCCAAGGGACCAUAAUUACCACCUCAACACCUCAUGAUCAUCAUCAGCAGCAGCAAUCAGUUGCGGCGCCAUCAAGUUAUAAUUUGUCUCACUGCAGGCUCCUGUUGCACAAGCUCCCGGCGGCCUUCUUUGGCUCCAAUAAUGCUGAUCAUGCUGGAGCCAUACAAGUGCGCCGGAGAGUGGGCAGGGGGGAGGUUUACGAGACGGAGGUGACGCCGGAGAUGGAGACGACGGCGGCGACGGCGGCGAGGGAGUUCUUCGCGAGGCUGGACGCGCAGCUGAACAAGGUGAACCACUUCUACAAGGCCAAGGAGGAGGAGUUCCUCCACAGAGGUCACUCCCUCCGGAAGCAGAUGGACAUACUCCUCGACCUCAAGUCGCGGUCGUCGUCGUCUCUCUCCGGCCACCACCGCGCCGCCGCCGGCGACGACCCCUCCAUUUCUUCUUCUUCCGCCACCUCCGGCGCCGAGGAUGAGUCCACGAGGUACGUGACGUCAGCAACAGACACGGACGAGAGCCAACACGAAACCGCGGUGAUGAGAGACCCUGAAGAGCUUUCGGCUGAGCAGGGUCUAGAAGAUUCUGGAAGCUUGUCAAGGCAGAGCCUAGGGAGGACAGUGAGCAGCUGCCAGAGGAAGAACCUGAAGAUCAACAUCCCCCUGACGACGCCAUGCAGGACAAUCUCUGCACUCACCGACCUCCUCCGGGACGAUCUCGUCAGCCAGCCCAAGAACAAAUGCGACUCUGACGCCGGCAUCACGUUCACGACCAUCAACAAGACGAAGCUCCGGCACGCCGAGAAGAUGAUCAAGGGCGCCUUCAUCGAGCUCUACAAAGGUCUUGGAUACCUCACAACCUACCGGAACCUGAACAUGAUGGCGUUCGUGAAGAUCCUGAAGAAGUUCGAGAAGGUUAGCGGGAAGCAGGUGCUGUCCGUAUACCUCAGGGCGGUGGAGAGCUCCUACUUCAACAGCUCCGGCGAGGCUCUGAAGCUGAUGGACGAGGUGGAGGACGUGUUCGUCAGGCACUUCGCCGCCGGCAACAGGCGCAAGGCCAUGAAGUACCUCAAGCCCACGCAACGGAAGGAGUCACACACUGUCACAUUCUUCAUCGGGCUCAUGACGGGAUGCUUCGUGGCGCUGUUCUUGGGCUACUGCAUCAUGGCGCACAUCGCCGGAAUGUACACGCAGCGGCGCGACUCCAUCUACAUGGAGACCGUCUACCCUGUUUUCAGCAUGUUCAGCCUAAUGUUCCUGCACCUGUUCAUGUACGGGUGCAACAUGGUGGCGUGGAGGAAGGCCCGGAUCAACUACAGCUUCAUCUUCGAGUUCGCGGCCGGAAGAGAGCUCAAGUACCGGGACGUCUUCCUCGUCUGCACCGCAUCCAUGGCCGUCAUCGUCGGCGUCAUGUUCGCGCACCUCUCCCUCGCCGUCAGGGGAUUCCACGCCCAGGCCAUCCCCGGAUUCUUGCUCCUGGGGUUCCUGCUGCUGCUGUUCUGCCCAUUCAACAUGGUGUAUCGCUCCACUCGGUUUCAGUUCCUCAGGAUACUGAGGAACAUCGUUUUCUCACCACUCUACAAGGUUGUAAUGGUAGACUUCUUCAUGGCAGAUCAGCUCUGCAGCCAGGUGCCUAUGCUAAGAAGCCUCGAGUACGUCGCUUGCUACUACAUCAGUGGAAGCUACAGAACACAGGAGUACGGAUACUGCAUCAACACCAAGCAUAUCAGAGAUUUGGCCUAUGCAGUUUCCUUCCUGCCCUACUACUGGAGAGCCAUGCAGUGUGCAAGACGGUGGUUCGAUGAGAGCGACACGGGCCACCUGGUAAACCUGGGCAAGUACGUCUCGGCGAUGCUCGCCGCCGGCGCCAAAGUGGCCUACGAGAAGGACAGGAGCCUUGGAUCACUCUCACUCCUCGUCAUCGUCUCCAGCUCUGCAACAAUGUAUCAGCUCUACUGGGACUUUGUCAAGGACUGGGGCUUGCUCCAGCCCAACUCCAAGAAUCCAUGGCUGAGGAAUGACCUCAUCCUUAAGAGCAAGUCCAUAUACUACUUGUCAAUGGGUCUGAACCUUGUGCUAAGGCUUGCAUGGCUACAAACCGUGAUCCAUCCAAACUUUGGGAGUUUGGACUCCAGGGUCACUUCAUUCUUUCUAGCUGCUCUCGAGGUGAUCCGGAGAGGGCAUUGGAAUUUCUAUAGGCUGGAGAACGAGCAUCUGAACAAUGCAGGCAAAUUCAGGGCGGUAAAAACAGUUCCGCUGCCUUUUCACGAAGCUGACGAGGAGGACUGAUACGUGCUACACAACUGCUGAAUGAUCAUCUGACCAAGUGACCAUGACUAGAUCUAAUACUUGUUUCCUCACCACUCAAUUUUUUUUUUCAAAAGAGAAAGUCUCAAGAAUGGUGGAGAGUUCAGUUCAGUGACUAAAAUACUUUCACUGAAAUACCUUCAGGGUUCAGCCUUCAGGGAAUGGCAAUUGUAUGCAACUGAAGACAGUGAUCCGUUCCUAGAUGCAUUAACAUGUAUAAAAUACGCAUCGCAGUAUCGCAAAUGACAUGAGGUUACUUUUGUUUGGCACCA